AUGGCAUAUGUUGCCAUCCUAGAAUGUGCAUCAGAAGUCGCACCUGUCAGUAAAAUGAAGGACUCAAAGCUCUCAACAGAAACGAGGAUUCUCAUGAAGAAAAGACGGAUGAUGAAGAAAAUGGAGGUAAACAAGAACAGGGACAUCAGAAACAACAUCGAAUAUGCAGAACUUGAUAAGACCAUCAAGAAGAAGGCAAGGGAAGACAUCAGGAAGCAGAUCAUGAAGAAGAUAGCAGAGACCAUCGAAAAUGGAAAAAGCAUGAAAAGAGCAAAGAGAUCCUUUCAACUAUGGCAGGAUAGAAUGCUGACUCUUCUAGACAAAGAUGAAAAUGAGCUCACCACACAAGACCAGAUAUUAGAACGAGUAGAAGAAUUCUAUGGAGAGUUGUAUGAUAGCAACAAGGGAAUAGAAAUCUCAACAAAAGCAUGCGAUCUACCAGACAUAACAGCUUGGGAUGUAGAGUCAGCAGUCCAGAAAAUGAAGAACGGGAAGGCAGCUGACAACAUCAAAGCAGAAAUGGUAAAAGCAGGAGGAGAUAUCCUAUCUCAGGAAUUAGCCAGGCUCUUCACAAAGUGCUUACGUCUGAUGGAAAUUCCUGUAGCAUGGAAAAACGCCAACAUGAUCAUAAUGUUCAAAAAGGGCACAUUCGUUGAUUAUGAUAAAGCCUUCGACUCAGUAGAAACCCAGUAUAUACUGGCAUCCCUGCAAGAUCUAGGGAUCGAAGAUGGAUACGUAGACGUCCUCAGAGACAUAUACACCGAUAGCUCUGUAACAGUCAAACUACACAAGACCACCAAUAAGAUCAGGAUCAAGAAAGGUGUACGCCAAGGAGAUACAAUCUCUCCUAAACUGUUCACAGCAGCAUUGGAACGUAUAUUCAGGGAUCUAGACUGGCAGGACAAGGGCAUAAACAUANAGACGACAUCAUAA